AUGUCUUACACUAGCCAAGUGAAAGAUUUUUCACAACUACUUGAAGAAUUGUCAGCCACAUCAGAAAGGGAAAAAUUUUCCGAGUGCCUUGAAAAACUUGGAACUUUACCGCGUGACAUAAAAGAAGCAAAAUUUGAAGAGUAUUUAGAUAAAUUUAAUCAAAUUUUUGGAGGCUUAUUAUCCGAAAUACAAGAUACUCAAGAUGAUCAUGAAAAGAAGUAUCGAAUGUUAGAAUUCCAUAUGAACGCUGUCAUAGCACAAUCAUUUUCAUUCAUAAAGCAACAUCAACUUGAACAUAUUCUUAAACGUCGUUCAAGUUAUUUUGGCACAAUCGAAAUUGGAUCAGGAAUUGAUGGCAAACAAUUAAAACAAGUGACUUGUGCAAAUACUUGUGUUCCUAAUCGAUUUGUUUGUGAUAACAUUGGCAACAACCUUUGUAGUAACUGCAGACUUGUCUUUUAUUGUAGUAAAGAAUGUCAGAAAAAGCAUUGGAAAUUUCAUAAAAAAUUAUGUAAAUCUGAUAUUUCAUCAAAGGAUUGGAAACCAGAUUACAUUCAUGAAUUAAGAAUACCCGAAUUUAUACUACCAAGCAUCUCUUCCAUUCCUUUUUAUGUUAUUCCCGUAGAAUAUUUAUGGAGUAAUAUGCCUGCUAUUGAUAUCUUGAAAUUAUCUUUAAACGAACUUAAGGACAACGAAUCAAGCUCUAAUUACAAGGAUCCUAUUAAUUUGCUUUUUGCAGCAAGCGGUGAUCUUAAUGAUAUAAUUGCAACGGUGAAUGGAAUACCAUUAGAUUUUAAUCAACAAAUUAAUAUUUUUAUUAACGAUUUUGCUAAAAGAGUUACAAUUCGAAAUUUUCUAAUGUUGUACCUCCUCGCAAAGCUCGGUAAAGAUGCCAUCGAUGCCGUUAUUCAUAUUUGGUAUUCCACAGCUCUUACAAAUGAGCAAUGGUCUAGAACUACUGAUUUACUCGCCAGUGUACUGCAUGAUAAAUUUAAUUCACAUGUGAAAAAAGAUUGUACAUUCGAAUUUGAUAAACUUAAAAUUUGCACUCAUUUUAAACCUCAAACUUGGGAAUGUCUUAUUGAGAUGGUUCUUGGUCAAAUUGAUUUGAAAACGGCUAUUGAUAUGCGUAAUAAAAUUAUGUUUGAUCCAACUCGUAAAGAUUAUUUACAUCAACAUAUGCAAGGACUUACACCAGGAGAAAGAAUUUGUUAUGAUUAUUUUCGUCGUAAUGGAAUUCUCCUUCCAUUCGGUUUUCCAAAUAAUCAUCAUGAUACACCAAAUAAAUUUAUCUUGGAUCCUGUACACGGUUGGACAACGACAGAUUGUUCGGACCCACUUUCUGGUUGGGAUUUGCUUAAAGUUGUUCAAGUCGAGAAUGGAACUGCAAAAGAUGACCUUUAUGGAAAACUUUACUUUUAUCUCCGUAAUCAGUUAGAAUUAUUUGUUGAUCGAUUACAAAAUUUAAAUAUUAAAAUUGAUUUAUAUGAUGAGGAUGCACUCAAUCUUAGUCAAAAGAUUAAAAAGGAACGAUUUGAUCGAAUUUAUGUAUCUAAUAUUUGUGAUGAAGCAUAUUGUGGAAUUGAACCUGUAUUAACAAAGCUUUAUCCACUUUUGAAUAAUAAUAAUCCUCAUACAACGUUGAUUGCCUUAUUCAUGAAUUGGUUGCCUUCAAUUCCAUCAUCAGCUAUGAAAGGAUCUAUUAAUACUAUCAUGAAAAGAUUAGAUAUUGGUGAACCACCUUCGACAUUACAGGAUCAACUUGACACAGUUUUAACUUUAACGACUAAGGCUGAUCUUGAAGUUAAUGCUUUAUAUGAUCAUACACGUCAAUUUAAAGCAUAUAUGGAAAAGAUGAAUGCGAAUGCAAUUACAGAAAAAGUUGGAUUAUAUCGUCGAAAGAUUCAUAAAAUUGUGCCUAAGAGAAUUUAUGGUAGUAUGAAGAAAGAUGAACAAGACAAAGCAUUAUCGUUUGAUGAUGAAAGAGUGAAACAUCUAUUGUAUGAAGUAGGAUUUCAUACAUUCAAAGAACACUAUGUCGAGUGGAAAAUUGCGGCUUAG